AUGGUGACCAUAUUAUCUAUAAAUCCUCAUAAUAAUGAGUUUCAAGUUGUUAGAGCCUUUCUGUUGCAUCCACCAGCAAUUCUAGAGGAGACACCAUUUAAUUUCUGUAACAAUUUACUUCAAAAUUACAAUCCCAGAAUUUCUGGAGUUGCAAUUCUCUGUUAUCAGGAAUCGAAACGAGCAUGCUGCGCGAACACUUUCUCCCCGAUUUCUGCCAUCGAUAAUCAGCAGGACAAUCGUUAUCGGUCGACGAUCAGAAAGCCCAAAGAGAGCUGCAACCUGAGAAAGUGCAAGUAUGCCAAAUCGCAGGCGGAAACCACAUACUGCAAUACCCAGAAACUCCUAGACAAGAUUCAGAGCCUGAAGAAAAGCAUUCAGGAGGCGGAGAACACUCAAUCGCGCAGCAAACAGGGAAGCAGUAAAAGGAGAGAUGUCCCUAGUCAAACGCAAGAGCUAAAGGUAACGGACUUGAACACCGCCAGGGAAGUCGUAAACGACUGCAUAAUGCAGAUGACGAAAUUGAAAACGUUUCUGAACGACGAGAAUUGUUGGUGGAAGAUGUUCAAGACUCUGGAGUUCGACUGCUGCGAGCAGAAACUACCUCAUCUGCACGGGUAUUUGGAUGGAACGAUGGUUACUUUAAAAAUGUUGGAAGAGACGCUCGAUAGGGAUGACAAUUUCGCGACUUCGACGCCGAUAAAAUCGAACUCGUUAACAACAGUCGACUCUAACGCGGUACCUGAACGGAAGAAACUGUUCAGGGAACAGUAUACUGACAGUUGCGAAGAAGAUACGAGAAAAUACAAGGAUUCUGGCAUUGGUCGUAGUCUGAGCUUCCAAUUGAACGAAUUAAAAAGCCACGAGUCCUGUCAACGAAACUGCCCAUUUUCUUGUACGUCUGAAAAUCAAUCUAAAGCUCCUGACGCUAAGGACGAAGAGACGAACAAUUUAAUUACGUUCGAUUCUGAACCACCAGAAAGUUUAGAAAUGGUGGAGAAGUUCGUGGGAACGGAAGCUAGAAUCAGCUCUAUGGUAAAAUUACCGAGAGAAUUACGGUUCGGCAGAAGCUCAACCGAACUCGGAGAGACAUCGAGAAUCAGGACAACGUUCAGCAGUGAAAACACAGCGAAUAGGAAGAUUAUUGCUGCCGACAUAAGUACCUCGACGGAUUUAAUUGUGGUACUGUUGAGGAUGAAUUAUUAA